CAAACACGCUCCUCUUUUUUCUUACAAAAAGCAAAAAAGAACUCUCUGGAACUCUCUAUUCAGCGCCACUCUCCCCCAACAAAACAAAAGAAAAAAAAAAGUUUACCUAUCAAAAGCUCAUCAAUACCGUGAAAAGCCAUCUAUACUGUGAAAAGCCAUUGAUAGAGCUCACAGAAACGCUUGAUAGUCUCCCGGAGAGAACUAUGUCGAGGGUUUACGUUGGUAAUUUGGAUCCUCGGGUAACUGAGAGAGACCUUGAGGAUGAGUUUCGUAUCUACGGCGUUCUUCGAAGUGUUUGGGUUGCAAGACGACCGCCAGGUUAUGCAUUCAUUGAGUUCGACGAUCGCAGGGAUGCUCUAGAUGCUAUUCGCGAGCUAGAUGGGAAAAAUGGUUGGCGUGUGGAGCUCUCACACAAUUCAAGCGGUCGUGGUGGAGGCCGUGGUGGUCGUGGAGGUGAUGAUACGAAAUGUUACGAAUGUGGUGAGCCAGGUCAUUUUGCUCGAGAGUGCCGCUUGCGCAUUGGUUCACGAGGACUUGGAAGUGGGCGACGUCGAAGUCCUAGUCCUCGAUAUCGUAGAAGUCCCAGUUAUGGGAGAAGGAGUUAUAGCCCUCAUGGAAAAUCUCCUCGAGGUCGUAGCCUAUCUCCUCGUCGUGGACGCAGCUACAGCAGGUCACCCCCCAAUCGCCGGGGCCGCUAUGUGUCACCUUACGCCGACGGUUUAUCACCUCGUCGUGGCCGUGGAAGCAAUAGCAGAUCCCCAGCAUAUCGUCGUCAUCGUGAUUCUCCUUAUGCAAACGGAGCUUGAUGGUCUGAGCGGGAAAUACAACUGAGGCUCUUCAUUUGUAGUCUGAUAGGCUUGUCAAAAGAGUAGCAUUAUGUAGUUUGUUUCUGUGAUAAAUGGUGUGUUCGAACUGGAUUAUGGGAGGCUUCUGCUCUCUAUAGCUACCUCCGACUUCAUUCUUGUGACGGCUUUCCUCAGUUCAGCAAACUUUGGAGGUCUCUCUUAUACUUCAUUACUGUUUAAUGUGUGCUCUCUUAAUUGCUAUGACUAUUAUCAUAAAGCCACUUUUUCGUAAAAUAUCUAGGUUUUCUUCUUUGAGGUAUGAUAUCCAGCUGAGACUGCAUCAUUUCACCACAUGCUUCUUUUGUUGACAUCGUUUAGCACCACUGCUUCUCUACAUCAAAUCAUCAUCUUGUAUGAGUUUUUUCCUACCGAAAACUGCAAAAUGGCCAAGCGGGUCCUUCUGCAACAAAGCUUUUUUAGGUAGGUAAAGUUUUUUGCUUUUCUGUGCGCCGGGGGACAAUGUUAGCUGUCUGCUGCCUUAAAUCUUCAUUUGCCAGCUUAAGCUGCUCCAUGGUCAACAAAGUUUCUAUUUCUCAUCUGCUUCUCUUCCCACUGGUAGACUACAAAAGGUUGCUGCACUUCAAUUUUCGUUUUCCAGCUUGGCCUGUAUUCUUCUUCGUUAAUCAGAUAGUGUGGCAACACAUUUCUCCUGGAGGAAAUUCAUUACCUUCAUUAAUGGAACUUCCAUGUGGUGGCUCGGAGAAGGAAAGUUACCUUUGUUUCUUGACUACCGUGUUUGUAGUCAAGAAACGUGGCUGCAGGGCAUGUACAUACAUCUUCGAUAUGUCAUGUUAUUAACCUGGCCUUGACAUGUAGUUGGACCUUUAAUACCGCGUUAUAAAUUCGAUGUUGCAUAUGCAAAUGUCAAGGUUGUAACUCCUUGCAUUUGACUAGUCACUUGGGGAUUGAAUUUUCUUAACCAGGCUGGUGGCAUGAAUCCCACGCUAUACUUGAAGAUUCCUGAAAGAGCAGUUGAGAUGGUUCUUGUACAUAAGAAAAAGUUGAUCAGAGAGCACCCACUUAAUAUGUAGGGGAAACAACCUUUUUUGUCUUUGUAUUAUUGCUUUAUUAAAAUUUUCAAUUUUAAGCC